AUGGACCAAAUGAAAGUACAAGCAGCUCUGUCUGAAAUGGCAGCAAAUGCACAAGCGAAUUCUCCAGGUGCGGUAUUGUCUGCUCUUCAGGCACAAGGACUCCCACCAAACAAGGAGGGAGACGUCCCUCAGAUCAAGUCGGACCCUGGCCCAACUUCAGCCAGUGUUGCUCAAGUAUCUUCACUGACUCCAGUAUCCGCAAUGUCACAUGCUGAUCAAGCCGGCGCUGGCCCCCAAGCUCUCCCAUCAGGUCAAGAAGGACCGGGAGGAGAAAUCCCUGAUCGUGGCAGUCAGCAUCACCCAGUAGCCGAGUUUUUAUACCAGCUUACAAAGAUGCUAACGGAUGACAACAGUGAAAUCAUUGAAUGGGUUGAUGGGCGCAUCAAGGUUCACCACCCAGAGCGGCUUGAAGCUGAAGUCCUUCACAAGUACUUUCGCCAUUCCAAAUUUGCAUCGUUCCAACGCCAGUUGAACUACUUUGGAUUCCGUAAGAUUGCCGGAAAGGGAAAAAUGUCACCCUGUUCUUACGUCAACGAGAAUGCCACUUCUGAUAUUAGAAGUCUCCUUCUCAUCAAGCGAAAGACCAAUGGCUCUGCGGCUCGCAAAGCUGCCAUGCAACAGCGAGCUGCCAUGCAGCUACAAGGCAGUCUCAACCCCGGCCUUGGAACUGGUAUUCCAGGCUUGGCUGGAGCUCCUGGCAUGCAGGGUAUGGGUCAAGGUGCCUUUGGACUCAAUCAGUUGCAAAUGCAGCAAAAUCCUCUUUCCCAAUUGUUGGCCCAACAAACCCAACAACAACGGAAUUCCUGGAACGAUCUCCAACAGUUGGGAGCAAUCAAGCCCAACAUGCCGUCCAUCGAACAACUCCAAGCUCAACUUGCAACCUUGUCCAAGCAACAAGCUCAGGGUGGUGCCAGCGCCGCUCUCAAUGCGGCUGCACUAAGCAUGGCCAACGGCGGUGCCAUUAACUUCGCGCAAUUACAAGGAAACAAUGGUGGUGACAACCCAGCCACUGCUGCCCUAAAUGCCGCUGCUUCUCAACAGCCCGCUGGCGCCGCCACGGCUGCCAUGAAUGCGGCCAACUCAGCUCCUGCUGGGCAGCAAACGAAUCUCUUUGAUUCUGCUACCAACUUGAAGUCUCUGUUGGGCAAUGAUCAAGUCAAUGGCCAAAACAUGCAGCAAGGCAACGGCCACAACAUGGUCGGUGGACAAAAUCUCUUGAACAGAUUACCCUCCACGAAUAACAUGUUCUCUGGCAACAUCAGUUCUGCCUCUUUGGGUGGACUUUUGGCUUCUUCGAACCGCCUCUCGUCUCUAUUGAGCCUCAACAGUUUUUUGUCAAGAGAUCCCUCGUUGGCUGACUUGGCUAUGAUGCCCAAUGGGACUCCCUUUGCUGCUUUCCAGCAAAAUCAGCAACAAAUGACUAACAAUUACAAUCAGAACCAACAGUCUUAG